ACAAAAUAUUUUUACUUUUGACCCGCACCGCACCCGCAUUUAUCUCAAUCUGCCCUCACCACACCUACUUAAACCCGCACUGCACCAGCACCAGCAUCAGCACCCGCACCCGCACCCGCACAGUCCCAUUGCCAUCACUGAGUCCAACCUUGGCUUAAAGUAUACGCUUGAUUUUUGUUCAAUAUAAGCUUAAUUCCAGUGAAUGAUAUAGGCUUUGUUGUCCAUUGUAACUGAACAUAAACACCUUCAAUGUCUAUAUUCAGCGCCACUGCGAACACAAAUCCCAAUAAGUCUAUCGAGGUUAAAGAACCUCCUGCUGAUUCUGUAUCAAGCCUCUGCUUCAGUCCCAAGGCUAAUCUUCUAGUUGCUACUUCAUGGGAUAAUCAGGUACGAUGUUGGGAAGUGACGGGAAGUGGCACUAACGUUGGAACUGUUCCCAAGGCCUCUAUAUCACAUGAACAGCCGGUUUUAUGCUCAACCUGGAAGGAUGAUGGGACAACUGUCUUCUCUGGAGGUUCCGACAAGCAAGUGAAAAUGUGGCAGCUAUCUGGUAGUCAACCUGUAACAGUGGCCGUGCAUGAUGCUCCUGUCAAGGAAUUGGCUUGGAUCCCAGAGAUGAAUCUCUUGGUAACGGGAAGCUGGGAUAAGACUCUGAGGUACUGGGAUUUGAGACAGCAAAAUCCAACACAUAUCCAACAACUUCCUGAGCGCUGCUAUGCACUUACAGUGAAACAUCCUUUGAUGGUUGCUGGCACAGCUGAUAGAAAUCUUAUAGUUUUCAAUUUGCAGAAUCCUCAGACUGAGUUCAAGAGAAUAAUCUCACCCUUAAAGUAUCAAACUCGGUGUUUAGCGGCCUUCCCCGAUCAACAAGGUUUCUUGGUUGGCUCAAUUGAAGGACGGGUUGGUGUGCAUCAUCUUGAUGAUUCCCAACUAAGUAAAAACUUCACAUUCAAAUGCCACAGGGAGGGCAACGAAAUUUACGCAGUCAACUCUCUGAACUUCCAUCCUACUCAUGGAACAUUUGCCACUGCGGGAUCUGAUGGUUCAUUCAACUUUUGGGACAAAGAUAGCAAACAGAGGCUUAAGGCAAUGUCAAGAUGCAGCCAGCCCAUACCUUGCAGCGCGUUCAACAAUGAUGGCUCAAUCUAUGCAUAUGCAGUUUGUUAUGAUUGGAGCAAGGGUGCAGAAAAUCAUAAUCCAACUGCAAAAACGUACAUUUACUUGCACUUCCCACAGUAUUUUUCAUUCAGGAGUCUGAGGUUAAAGGCAAGCCACGAAUUGGAACUAGUGGUAGAAAGUGAAGUCAGCAGUAAAGCUUCUUCUGACCAUUUUAGAGAGUUCAUUUCGUUGUUCUGUACAUGGAGACAUUUGUGUUCCAUUGUGGCUUUUUUCUGUUUACAGUCAUGCAAUUAAUUCGUGGGAGUGCGAGUUUUGAGCUUUGCACACUUAAAAGAAAGAUUCGUAGGUAGUGAUUUGAGUCUGAUACUCCUUAUUAAUAGGAACUUACUUGUGGCAAUACUAGUAAAUCUUCUUAGAGAAUUAGAUAA